UCACAACUUCAAAGACGUGAAAAAUGAAACUAACGCAAAUCGUGCUGAUCUGUGCGAGUGUUUGCCUCUGUCUAUGCUUAUGCCCCAACGGCGGAGAGGCGUUGCAUCUGCGGCAGCGACGUGUGGCAAAUGCAGCACCCGAUGACGGCAAUCUGGCCAACGAACUGGAGGCGAUAGCGGCAGCAGCAGCGGACAACGACUCGGAUGACGACGAGUCGGCGGAGAAAUUUGUCUCGGAUGUAACAACAACGGCCCAGCCGCUGGGCAUUGUCUCCAUCAAGUCGCGGGCCAUUGCCAUGGAUCGAGCCCUGUGCCAGGUGCAAUCGCGCUAUCAUCCGCACUAUCCCAAGUGUCAUCAAUACUGCAAGAGGCUCGAGCAUUGGAUUGGUCAGUGCUGGCGCGAAAGCUGCCACUGCAUCUCCUAAGGCAACCGUAACCAGCAUCAGUUUCAUCGUCAGUUUCUAAACUUUGUACUUAUAUAAUUAUAAGAUUUGUUUUACAAAACUUCUAAUUACUCACA